CUGCAGCCCAUCGCUGUUGGUUGUGCUGUGGUCUGUAAGUGGGGCGGCGGAGUCCUGGGGUUGUUUGUGGGGUGCGGGCGUUAGAAGUAGGGCUGUAGCUGUGGGGUCGUGGGUACCUCGCUGAUCUCUUCUCCCUCUUCGCUAAAACUCAGGCCGGGCUCUGCUGUUCUUAGUCCCUAUUAAGGACUUUUCGUCUCCGUGUAAGAAGUGCGGUGUUAACUCGGGCGGCUCGGCUCCCUGCGCUCCGUGUGUAGCUCUGCACAGCAGCUCUGCCUGGCGAGGGUCUCGUUAGCCUGAAUGCCCCGAGCGUUAAUGAGGCUGAUGCUGGCUUGGACCUGCCAAGAAGCCUGCGCCAGGAAUGCCUCCUGGCUCAUGUGAAUGCAGCCCAGGGACUGAGGCAGAGCGGCACCGAGCAGCGCUCCUUCUUUUGCCAGUGAGCUCCACGCAGAGACAGCACUGGUGGGAACUUGCAGGGCUUUGCUGGCUGCAUGGUGAAGCCUGUUUUGCAGUGCCACUUAGCACGGCGGUGUGUUUCAGCCCUGAUAGUAAAAGUUUGGGCAGCGACUUGGGUUAAAUGAGAGGCUGAACGCGCUGCUGCUGAUCUCUUUGAUUCUGUGCUGUUAAGAAUUGUGCUUCUAAACAUUUCCCUUUGCUUCUGAAGUUCAAAGCAGCCAGCGCAGAUCGGCGUGCUGCUGGCCUUCAAAGGAGCAGCUCUGUUUCUAGGGAGCGUUGGUUUGACACCAGGUGUCAAAAAUGAAUUGAAGUGGCUUUUCCCAGGCCAGUUUUUGGUUUUAUGCUGCUUGUUCUGUUGAAGAUUCACCAAACUGAAUCACGUGAGGCUGUGGUUUCGCUGCAUCCAGCAGGAAGGGCUCUGGUGCUGGCAUGUGGGCUGGAUAUAGAGAACCAACCCCUUGGGCACAGAGUACAGCUUUGCUUUCCCUGCCCCUGGAUUCUGGUAACCUUAAGGAUGGUUUCUGUUUUGCAUCAGGCUAAGUGCCUUUAAAAAAACACAAACAUGCAGCAAACUGUCUCAUGUUCAGUGCAUCUCAGUGUAAUAUAUUUGUAGCUGUUCCUUUGAUGGAGGUCAAGUUGUCUUGAUCUAAGGCACAACCUCUGCUUUUGGAAUUGGCAGUUCCAGCACCAUUACACCACGGGCUCUUAGCAUGGUCCAGCUAUUAGAAAGGGGUAAUUAAUCAAUGCCACGAAUACCACUUGCUGGUGGAGACUCCAAAUGAAUUUGCAGUGUGUUCUGCCAGGGGUUACUGUAUCACCUACACAAACACUACAAGCAAAAAGUGUCAAAAAUGCUCUCUUCCAUUGUUGUGCUGAAGUUGCUGUGAUUCUUUGUAUGUGGCUUUUUUUCUUUGCUCUCUCACAUCUGUGCUGGCAAAACUUAGAGGUAGUGCAGCAUGGUGUGAUUGAACAAAUGGAGCCAUUUGUUCUAAGAGCUAGCUGCCUCUGGGAGAGGCUUCAGUGUGUGCCUGUUGCUCCAUAUCGAUAGCACAGAACUUUUCCAAUGACUUCUAAUAGCUCAGGAAAGCUGACUUUGAUGGCCUCAGGCUAAGUUCACAUGGCUUGAUGCCUUUAUCACAACUCUGGCACUGACAAUAUGAUUGUCAGUAUGAGUGGGAGGUAGGUAAGAGCUUAAAUAGAUGGGGCAACGUGUUCUGCUUUCCUUUCAGGGUUAUAUGCUUUGAGCUUUAAAUUCCCACAGCUGUAUUUCCAUUAGUUCUAUACACCAGCUUGUGGGCUGGGACAGAGCUUGACAGAUCCCCUUGACUUAUGUAUUUCAGAAGACUCAUUCAAAGAAAAUCCAAAAGAGAUCCCAUGGUCAAUAGCUUAGAAUUUGAUAUCUCUAUGCCUAUUUUGAGGAGCACUUUAAAAACAGUGUGUGUUAAUUUCUUUUUUUUAUUUUGGAGAAUGCAGCAGUGUUGGAUUUGUGUUGUUAGUCAAUGGCUUUGCUUUAAAGUUGCUGCAGGGAACGUCUUUUUGUUUCCCUUUGUGGAAACAGUGCUUCGUUGUAAAUCCUAAUGAUGCUGGUCAUAUGAUUUCUUGGGGCUUUUGUUUUAAGAUGUUUGUAAUUGAUGCAGCUGCUUGCUGGUGUAUUCCAUAGUUGUGAAAUGCAUGAGAUUUACUUGGCAAUGCCAUUGUGCUUACCAUUUUAAAGCUAUGCUGCUUGGUUUUAGUAGGAAAUAUUUAUGGUGUGAGAAUACUUAGAUACAGGUGAAAGUGGACAUGGAAAUAGAUGUAAGCAGGAGUUCUGCUGUCAGAGAAGUUUUCAGCUUUUGCCUCGUCUUGUAGUUGCUUAAAUUUUGCAAACCCUUGAUGUUUUUCCAUUUCCAUGCUCAAGACUAUCAGCCCUACCAGGUGCUCCAUGCCUGCUUGAAUGUAUGGAUCGUGUGCUGUCCAUUUCUUUCCCAGGGACUUCACUCCCUGGGUUUGAUGCACACCGGAGGCUCUGGGCAGGACACGCAUGCUGAGGUUUUCCUGCAGGUGUGGAUGGGGCCAGAAGCAGAACUGGCUCUCAGUCACUGAAGUAGCAAGGCUAUUUACCCAUAGGAUCAGACUCCUUUGUUUGGCUCCUUCUUCCCACUGGUGUGUGUACCUGUUUGUCCUGUCUGUCUGAAGUAUCUUCAUCUGGAUGAAGGUGGAAGUUAAGAAACUGUUUUAGGAUAGAGACCUUCUCCAUGUCCAGGAUGUUCAAUCUCAUUUAUGGAGCAGUUGUCAGCACAAGGCUGUCUUGCACAUGGUUGAAAGCAAGGAUGGGAUGAUUUAAGUACCUGCUCCAGCUAUGAGUGUUUAGAAGUGUUUCAAGUUACUGCAUUGCUCAGCAUCUCAAUCUGCUGGUCUCUUUGAAUGUACAGUUCUGGCUUUGCAGUGAAGGAAUUUUGUUCCUCUGUUCCUGGUGAGAAAAACAAACAGAAGGCCAAUUUUAUCGGUGUGUAGCACUGGGGAAACUGCAGACCUUGCUUUAGGAAGAUGACAAAUGAGAACUGUGGUACACUGUAAACAAGCUUGACUUCACCUUCAUCUGGUUAAGAGCAAGCUAUUGUUACAAGGAAGGCUAGGCUUCACAUCACAAGAACAAAAAAUAGGACUUUUAAAGUAUACAGUGGUUGAAUCUUAAAGAGAACCCUGAGAUCCAAGAAAGCAAGGAUAAACAAGUGGAUUUCAUUCGAAUGCCCUUUUUCUGAUUGUUUUCUAAGGUCCCAUAUGAGUGGUCUGUUCUCUUUUCAAGCUGAGCGUUUUCUGCACACUCUUCAUUUAGCAUCGUGGGAACUUUGGUUCUUUUGAGAAAGUGACCUUAUCUGAUAAUGCUAAUUGAGAUAUCCAACAGUAUGGCAAGGUGAAGAUCUGAGCUAUCCAGCAGGCUUCUACUGUACUAGCACAGCAUCCAAUGCUCUGAAGUCAAAGCUUUGUUUCUGUUGAAUGUUGUAGAGUAUUCUACGUGUUGACGUAAUUCCAUAAGAAAAUGCCAAAUCUUAUUUUCUUUCAGUUCUUUAAAAUUGUAACUUUAUUCAUGAAUCUGUUAAAAGCCCGUCAGUGGAGUUACCUUUUGUGCUGCUUAUCUCCUGGGAAGUGAACCCACUCGGUGGUGCUUUGCUCAGGUUCUCACCCUGUGGCUACACCUUGCUGCUGCUCUCACAAGUUGAGGCAGGAAGGAUGUGAGGGGAGGCAGCCCGCUCCUCCCAGCACACACAGAGGGAUGUGAUCCUCGUACUUCAAACCUCUCAUGCUUUCAGUUGCCUUUUAGAUCUUCUCCAGCUAGUUGUUUGCCUGCACAGGAGCUGGGUGAGCCACACAAGUAUCAAACCGGAGGCUUGAGUUGGUAUGGGAGUGUGAAUUCUGCACUAAAAUAAAGCAGAGGGAAAGCUUUUGUCUUGGAAGCCGAGUGCUGGGCUAUGUCCUGCUCACAGACAUUGGCUGUGUCCUGGAGGAAGCCAUGGGGAGGUAGGCUGCUCUUUGCCUUGUUGGCUCGAGCAUCUCAGUGCCCAGCUUUCAAGUAGGUCUGCUGUUAGGAGACAGGCACGGUUGUGGGCAAGCUUAUGGCUGCCCACAGAUUUUGUAUAGAACAGAGGAAGUGUUAUUUAAAGAAAGCCACGAGUGGCACUGGAAUCCUACACACUUUGGCACAUGGUCUGUGUAUUUUUAUAGCCGGUUAUCUACUGAGGGGGCCGGAGUUGUAGAAGUCAUUAAUAGUUCAUUCUUCCCACAUCCCCUUCCCAGUCAACUUUCUGCUCAUUGCUUGUGAAUAACUUCUGUAGAAACAAUUGGAAGUUACAAAACGCCAUCACAUAUUAAUAAUGCUAUUUCAUGCUUAUAUUGAAAGGUGUUGGUCAGAAAAUAAUGUAACCAGCUUUGCUUUUCUCAGCAUUGAAUUUGUAAUUUACCAGUGAUAUAAAGUCUAAAAUGAAAAUUGAGCUGGGCUGUUGUGCCCAAGGUUCUAAGUUUAGUUGCAUACAGCAUUAAAUAGAGUUAAUUUCCAUCAGAGCCCAUGUGAGAUGUUCUGUAUGAAGUGAGGACUUGGGAAGCUUCUACCUUCAGAUGGGAAACUUUAGGUUAAGCAGUUGAGCAAUGAGAAGACUGAAGGCUAAAUGUAGGCAAGGCAACAAUAUCUGAUUUGCUGGGCUGCCCAAGCUGCCUCUCCUUUUCUCCCUCAGUGGCUAUGCAAAUCAGAGCAGUCUCUGGUGGGUACUUGCAUUUGUUGUGGGGGAGUAAUGGUAAGUGUGUAGGUGUUCACUGACUCUUCAUUACACGUGGGAAGUGUAAACCGCUGGCAUCCCUAAUGAUAGGAGGGCUACUUCAGGGUGUUUGGUAAUCCAAGUGGGUCUUGCCACCAUAUCUUCCUUAGAGAUUGUCCUUUGUAGCCAAACCAGGAGUCUCAUCAUUUAAAGGAGAGCUGUAAUGAGAUAAAGGUGAUAUCUGCUAGCUUAGAGUUGAAGAGUUGCCAACUCAACCAGCUAUCGUAGUGAUGUUGGUGAGCCUGUCCUGAAUCUCUGCAGAUAGGCUAAUCUUGGUCAGGAGUGGUUUAAUAACUUAAAAUAAGGCUGACUUCAUGGAGGGGUUUGCAGUGAGGCUCUAACUGGGCCUUGGUACAACUCUCCAGCCUCUCCUUUGUCAAGUGGCAGUGACCCCAAGGUGUUCAGGCUCCCCACUGUAAUGCCUUGCUUUUUAUUAGUUAACGGCUCUUGCUGACCUGUGUAUCUGAUAGCAGACUUUCUAGAAGCUUACACUAUUUUUAGGUGGUGUUAAAUUCUAGGCUGUAAAACACUUUCCUAAGAUAAUAUUUUAACUACUAAUGAAAAGCUUUGUGGCUUUUGAGGAGUACCUCUAACUUAGGAUGUUACUCGUUUCUUUUUUCCCCUGUAAAAUCAGUGGUACUGUUUAAGAGCCAAAUGGCCCAAGACCUUGAAUUCUCUGCUUUGCAUACACACAACGAAGGCAGUUUCUGUUCUUAAAUCUUACUGUGCUUACUAUAGUCUUUCACCUGUUAUUUUUGUCAGCUUUGUGGGUGGGGUGGACACAGGGGAAUAACGAAGCAGUUAGCAUCACAGGCAAUAUCUUACUAAGCAUGUAGUCUAACUUUAGUAUAGGACAGUAUCGUUUUUGUACUUGUAGCCCUAAGGCAACCUGAUGGUUGUUUGUCUUCAAGGACAGAGGCUUGUGUGCAGUGUUAAUACACAGUGCACGUGGCUGUCCCUGCAGGCAGGGCUCUGGGAGUUGGGUGAGAGUGCUUCCUUGGCAAGAGCUGAGCAGAUAGAAGCAAGACUUGCCUUCCUUUUAAAGUGAGGUCCUUGGAUAGUGAUGAGUGUGCCAAGAGCUGUAGUUUCUUUUGGGGGUGCCAUUAGGGAUGUGGUGUCUUGGUUUGCUCUUGGAUGUCAUUCCCAGGUUUGGAAGAGGUAAAUGUUUUGUUAAGGGUGCUAUUAACCUUACCUCUAGCAGCUGAGACAAUUGUGUGAGCUCUUCUGUGGCAUGACAGCCAAAAUAAGCUGGGGUGGUUUGAAUAGCAUGAAUAAUCAGCCUUUGUAUCAGUUGAUCCUAAGUAAAUAGGUUAGAAAGUACUUAAGGGCAGCUCAGCUGGUGGCCUUCUGGCAGAGCACUGACAAGCAGCUGAGGGUGAUCAGCUCCUCCAGGGCACAGCUGUGUCCAGGAGGAGAUCCAAAUCCAGGGCAGAGGUUCACAAGCUAAAUGAGUGCUCAACAGGCAGAAAAGUGGGUAAGAAGUGAGAUGUAGGCAUGGCUUAUUGGGGUGCAGGGUGAUAACCAAGGUGCUCUUGUUGUGCUGCCAGGCUGGGGAUGCUGUGGGGUGUGUUGCUGGGCUCUGUGCUGCUCUGUCCUGUCUUCCCCACAUGCCCCCAAAAGAAUCAACACUAUGGUUCUAAUCAGCUCCUUUUAGUGGUUUAGAUUGUCUAUUCAUUAGUAAAAUUAAUAGUAGGAGGGAGUUAGCCCAGAAAAUGACUGCAAGAGAAGAGUUUGCAUGGCAGCACUUCAUGUUCCUGAGUCAAGAAUGAAUAGUGGUGGAGAAAGGAAUGGGGAAGAGGAAGAAAGGAGUGGGCUGGAGGAAAAACGCUGUCUUUGUAUUGACUUCAUUGUCUCAGUGCCAUCCCAGAUGUGUCUAACAAGUCUGAUGUUGUUCUAGUUUUUCAUUGCUGAAGGCCUUUCAUAAAGACCUCCACUGUAAUGCUUGUGUGUGUCAUUGGAGCAGCCUGACACUGCUUUGCAUAGAUGGAGAUUUAUAUGGAAUACUCAGACGGGGUGGUGGGAAGCCUGGAUCGUAUGCCCAGCUCCUAAAGGGCUUCUUGCCAGAAGAAACCUACGUUCUGAUUGCUUCUUCCUGGCUUUCUUCACCAAAAUGAGCCAUGAAACAGACUUUGUGAUGAGUUUUGUCAUUCCUGGCACAUGGAUAUUUGUUCAGUUCUGGCACACCAGCCUUUCUGACUGCCAUACAUAAAUGGCUAUCUAUCAAAGAUGUCAAAAUUAACCUGGACUACUUGGGAAUGGCGAAACAUAGCCCUGGGAUCCUGCCAUGAACAGUGCAUGAAGAACUGAGGAGGUAGUUCUGCUCAUCGGAGAUGAUGUGGAGAGACGCUUUCUCAAAAGAAGAAUGUUCAGAGGAUGACAAGUGUAUUCUGAGUAGUACCGUGGUGACAACAUGCCAUUGAAAUGGAAAACGAGCUCUCCUGCUAUCUGGAAAUUCCCAGUUCCUGUGCUUAAAACAUCCAGGUCAUCGCCACUUUCUCCAGCAUACAUAUCUCUGGUGGAAGAGGAGGAUCCUCAUAUGAAAGUAUCUCUUGGUAGCAGCGAUAUGGGCGUCUCUGCCCAUCUGCAGUCGUCAAAGACAGGGACCACAAGAUUUUUCACCAGCAAUACUCACAGUUCCGUGGUGUUACAGGGCUUUGACCAGCUGCGAGUGGAAGGUUUGCUGUGCGAUGUGACCCUUGUUCCAGGAGAUGGUGAUGAGGUAUUUCCUGUCCACAGAGCAAUGAUGGCUUCUGCAAGUGACUACUUCAAGGCGAUGUUCACAGGAGGAAUGAAGGAACAGGACUUAAUGUGCAUCAAACUUCAUGGCGUCAACAAAAUAGGCCUGAAGAAGAUCAUUGAUUUCAUUUAUACUGCAAAGCUUUCCCUUAACAUGGACAACCUUCAGGACACUCUGGAAGCUGCCAGUUUUUUGCAGAUUUUACCUGUUUUGGACUUCUGUAAAGUGUUUCUUAUCUCUGGGGUUUCCUUGGAAAACUGUGUUGAGGUUGGGCGAAUUGCCAACACAUACAAUCUCACAGAAGUGGAUAAAUAUGUUAAUAAUUUCAUCCUAAAGAACUUCCCUGCAUUAUUAAGUACUGGUGAAUUUGUGAAACUCCCCUUUGAACGUCUUGCCUUUGUGCUUUCAAGUAAUAGCCUUAAGCACUGCACUGAACUUGAACUCUUCAAGGCGGCUUGUCGCUGGCUGCGGUUUGAAGAGCCUCGAAUGGAGUAUGCUGCAAAGCUAAUGAAGAACAUCAGAUUUCCUUUGAUGACACCCCAGGAUCUUAUUAACUACGUUCAAACAGUGGACUUCAUGAGAACUGACAACACCUGUGUAAACCUGCUUUUGGAAGCCAGCAACUACCAAAUGAUGCCAUACAUGCAACCCGUUAUGCAGUCGGAGAGGACUGCCAUUCGAUCAGACAGCACUCACUUGGUAACGUUGGGGGGAGUGCUGAGGCAGCAGCUGGUUGUCAGCAAAGAACUACGGAUGUAUGAUGAAAAAGCCCACGAAUGGAAAUCGUUAGCUCCCAUGGAUGCACCGAGGUACCAGCAUGGCAUUGCUGUCAUUGGAAACUUCCUUUAUGUAGUUGGUGGCCAGAGCAAUUACGACACAAAAGGAAAGACAGCAGUUGACACAGUCUUCAGAUUCGACCCCCGCUAUAACAAGUGGAUGCAAGUCGCCUCUUUAAAUGAGAAGCGCACCUUCUUCCACCUAAGUGCCCUCAAAGGACAUUUGUAUGCAGUUGGUGGCCGGAAUGCAGCGGGUGAGCUAGCCACUGUGGAAUGCUACAAUCCUAGAAUGAACGAAUGGAGCUACGUUGCAAAAAUGAAUGAACCCCACUAUGGCCAUGCUGGAACUGUAUAUGGAGGCUUAAUGUACAUUUCAGGGGGAAUUACCCAUGACACUUUCCAGAAGGAACUGAUGUGUUUUGACCCUGACACAGACAAAUGGACUCAGAAAGCUCCAAUGACGACAGUCAGAGGUCUGCAUUGCAUGUGUACUGUAGGAGACAAGCUCUAUGUUAUUGGUGGAAAUCAUUUUAGAGGAACAAGUGAUUAUGAUGAUGUCCUAAGCUGUGAAUAUUACUCAACAACUCUAGACCAGUGGACACCAAUUGCUGCCAUGUUACGUGGGCAAAGUGAUGUUGGGGUUGCUGUCUUUGAAAAUAAAAUCUAUGUAGUUGGAGGAUAUUCUUGGAAUAACCGCUGUAUGGUGGAAAUAGUUCAGAAAUACGACCCAGAAAAAGAUGAGUGGCAUAAAGUAUUUGACCUUCCAGAAUCACUUGGUGGCAUUCGAGCCUGCACUCUUACUGUUUUCCCACCGGAGGACAAUACGGGGUCACCGUCCAGAGAAUCUCCUCUUUCAGCACCUUAGAAGCAUCCCUUGACUUACGAUGUUGUAGUAACACCUUUGCACUGCAUCAUGGAGUCUAUUACUUUCCUUCAGUAGUUUCUGUUAGGCUUAGCCUACAGCAUUUGGUACAAUUACUGGAAAAAAAAAAGAUUUUGACAUUACUUGUGCUGUUUGUUUGGCCUAGAAUGUUUGUCAAGUGGUUAACAGAGAAAACCCUGUACUCACCCGAGCCAAGCGUUUAACAGAUGAGAAGAUACUGUCUGUGAAAUGUAUGAAUUAGGUACGUUAUUAAUGUUGUGUAUUGGGUGUGAGGUGCCUCGCAACUUCAUUUGGAAGCCCAAUGAGUUAAAUUUGAAGACUUCGAAUGCAUUCUUUCACUAAAUUUCAUAACUGAAAUCCUUUUUCCGUUCAUUUUCAACUGCAGAUUACAAAGGGAGGUAGGCUACAUUAAUGUAAACUGUCCCAAGGUGGCCAAAGGGCCUGAGCUACCUCCCUCCUUUCCAAGUAUUUCUGACAUAUCUGUUGACCCACCUGAUUCUGUGGGUUCUUUCAGAGCAUAUGAAGUUCCUUAGGCAGAGGGAAGGAAUAAAUAAUUUUAAUGAUCAGUACUAUACAGGAAGUGGACCUUGUAGAGGUCAGGAGUUUUUUAUAACAUACGGAGUUGUUUUUCAUGAGUCAAUUAAGUGAUGCUUCAAGCAACCGGUCUAAAGUAUUUGGGUAUUUUUGAGUCUUUUCAGGAAUUGGCUUCCUCUUGUGUGGGAGCACAUGCUAUAACACAUGGCAAUUCGGUGCAGCUGUAUGUUUGGUUGUACAUUUGUACUGAAUAUAGGUGGAUAAGGGCUAGAAACGUUCACUUAAGCCACUGAAUUUGACCAAAUUGUUCCAUCAGUUGAAAUUUAAUCUACCUUCUCUCCUUUGCUGUUGAGCCAACUUGCAUAACGUGUCCUCUGUAUAGUCUCUGUUAAUAGGGUUAUUCAGCACAAAGUGCAGCUUCAGCAGGAGAGCUGCUUUUGCUCAGUGAACUUGGACUACCACGUUUUACCUUCUUUUGUUCAAUAAAACUUUUAACUGCAGUUAUUCAGUCUAAGCUACCUCAUGAAUGUAUUUGGUUUUCUUCCUCUGCCUCACUGUCUCCAGGAUACGCAUUACGUAUAUCUGUGUGGGUAGAUUAAUUUGCUAGGAAACCAAUGCAGAAGCGAUCAUGACUGGGUAUUUUUGACCUACUUUUAAGAACCUAUUUUGGCCUGACAUGUCCGUUUUAUUGUUAAGGACUGGGGGGGGAAGAAACCCCACAAAAACUGUCCUAACUCUUUCCUUGGACAACUACUGCUUGCGUGCAGCUGUGCAAAUUGUACAGAGGUCUUUUAUCUGCUCCAAAAUACAGUGCACUGCUGACAAAUGGUAGCUGAGUGCUUCUCUAAGGCUAAUAACACCACGGUUUUCCUGAACUUCCCAUCGUGUUACAAGUGUUUUUCCUAAUGAACACGGUCAUAUGGGCAUCAUCUGGGGAAAAUUGUUUUAAUCGGCUUAUUUUAUUGUGCUACGUAUUACUGAUAACCAUGUAAAGCUUAAUAGACUUGUUGGGAGUAUGCUGUUUGUAUUUUGUCCUUUGCUUGAUGAAUCAAGCAGCAGUAUUAUGGUGUCAGUUUUGGAAACAUUGAUAUUUAUUCUUAAUGCAGUUGACCAGUUAUGAUCACUACCAAAAUGUAUGUGUAAGCUUUAGGUUUUAAUAAUUGUUUUGGUUAAAAUCAAAAGCAGUUCUUCCUCUUAAUAAAAAAAAAGAAGAAAAAUAAACUUAA